CAGAGUUGCAGCUGAAGGAGCACCUCGGGAGUGAAUGCAAAAACCUGAGGCCCACCAACGGAAAAAAUAUAGAAACAUGUUUCUGACAUUAGGAUCGGUCUUAACUGUAUUAGCAGGCUUCUUGUAUUAUUACAAGCCUCCCCUGAAAUUCAGUAUCAUCCGUAAGGCUAUUCUGAAUGAACUUGAGUACAAUGUCCUUGCAGUCAAAGAAAUCGUCGCAGACUUUCUCAAUGCAAAGUACAACAAGAUCGAACUAUGCGAAAGACCCGACAAGGUAGUAAUCGUUACCGGUGGUUCCAGAGGUAUUGGGGCCACGAUCGUUAAGUUACUUCUCAAGUGUGACAUGGAAGUAAUCAUUGCUUGCAGGAAUCCUGCUGCCGGUGACAUGACCAUUCGUCAGAUAAGAGAGGCAGGAAUUACCAAAGGUCGAGCAUGUGUGUAUGAACUCGAUAAUGCCAGCUUCAAGUCUAUCAGGCGAUUUUCCGAAAAAAUUAAGGAGAAUUACACAAAGAUUGAUAUUCUGGUGAACAAUGCUGGCAUCAUGUUCACACCGUAUUCUGAAAUGGAGGAUGGUUUUGAACAACAAUGGGGUGUGAAUUAUUUAUCCCACUUUUUGCUGACGUCCCUGCUGCUACCAUUGUUAAAAGCUGCCGGUACCAAAGACGAACAUGCUAGAAUUGUUAAUAUUUCAUCCUGUGCCCAUAUUUUGGGAAGCAUCAACUUUGAAGACGUUAAUUGCAAAAACGAAUUUAUUGCGCAAGCCGCAUAUUCUCAAAGUAAAUUAGCUCAAGUCAUGUUCACAAAAACUCUUCAAGAGUUACUGAAGCAAGAAAAUAUGUAUAUCGAUGCAUACGCUGUGCAUCCAGGGAUCGUCAACACAGACAUCUUUCAACAUUCGUACGUGAAUAAGCUUCAAUGGCUAAAGCGGUUGCUUUUCAAGUCACCUGAGCAAGGAGCUACGUCAGUUGUGUUUGCUAUUGUGGACAUAUCAAUCCAGGACAAGGGAGGUUUAUAUUUCAGCAACUGUCGAGAAGUUGCUGUCAAUAGAAAAGUUUUCGAUCCGGAGUUGAGAGAACGCCUAUUUCAGCUAUCUCUUAAGCAAACGCAACUGAAAGAUUUCAUUCAAAAGUCGUAACGUUUGCCAAUCGAGAGAGCAGCCUUCACCGAGGGAGCCAAAUUAUUUUAGUAUUUUAUCGCAGACGAAUUCAUAGAUUACCAAACAACGUACAUAUAUUCAUUCGAUUAAAGGAAAACACGUUCUCCCUUAACGACAGUAUUACAAUGCAGCAGUAACGAACCAAUUUCCUCUAAUUUUUAUAUAUCUUUUAUAAUUUAUUUUAAUUUUUUACUUCGUAAGCAAAUACUUACCUGUUAAAUUAAUAAAUAUAGUUACGAAAGUGCCUGUUA